AUGGCUUCUGUCGCCCGUAACCUCUCCAGAGCUUUUGCUCGCGGCGCUACGCCCGUUACCUCCUCCGUCAGAUCCUCGGCAACCCGCAAUGCUGCCCGAUUCGCCCUUCCUGCACAGACCUACAGAGCUUCUUCGCGAAGAGGUUACUCCUCCGCUGCCGAGCCUCAAAAGUCUUCGUCUGGAAUGUACUGGGCUCUCGGAGCUGUCGUCCUCGCCGCUGGUGGUACCUACUACUACAUGAACAACGAGAGCUUCGCUGCUGCUCAGAAGCCUUUCGUCCCAACCAAGGAAGACUACCAGAAGGUGUACGAUGAGAUUGCGCAUCUUCUCGUAGAGAAGGAUGACUAUGACGAUGGCAGCUACGGACCUGUUCUCGUCCGUUUGGCCUGGCACGCGUCUGGUACCUACUGCAAAGACUCCAAGACCGGAGGAAGCAACGGUGCCACCAUGAGAUUCGACCCCGAAGCUGGCCACGGAGCCAACGCUGGUCUCAAGCAUGCCCGUGACUUCUUGGAGCCUGUCAAGGCCAAAUUCCCAUGGAUCUCGUACUCUGAUCUCUGGACUCUUGCUGGUGCCUGUGCCAUCCAGGAGCUGCAAGGUCCCACCAUCCCAUGGAGACCCGGCCGCAAGGACGGUGAGGCUGCCGCCUGUACCCCAGACGGUCGUCUCCCCGAUGCUUCCAAGGACCAGAAGCACAUUCGAGACAUCUUCGGCCGCAUGGGCUUUGAUGACCGUGAAAUUGUUGCUCUCUCUGGUGCUCACGCCCUUGGCCGUGCCCACGCCGAUCGAUCCGGCUACGACGGCCCAUGGGACUUCAGCCCUACCGUCAUGACCAACGAGUUCUUCAAGCUCUUGCUCUCUGAGAAGUGGGUUAACAAGAAGUGGUCCGGCCCCGCACAACUCACCGACAACAAGACCAAGACCCUGAUGAUGCUUCCCACCGACAUGGCCCUGGUCAAGGACCGUGAAUUCAAGAAGCACGUCGAGCGCUACGCCAAGGACUCUGACGUUUUCUUCAAGGAGUUCUCUGAAGUUUUCGUCAAGCUCCUUGAACUUGGUGUCCCAUUCGAGUCUAAGCCAGAGGAUCGAUUCGUCUUCAAGACCUCCGAGUAA